AUGGCGGACGUGCCGGAGUGGGUUUAUCACUGCGCUUGGGAUUUUGGCGAUGAGCGCGCGCCCUCGCCAAUGCUCGCCCUCCGCCGGCCGCUCUCCAGGUUAGCAUCGUCCCUGCUCCUCCAGGCGAAUGCGGCCAGGCAAGAGGCCUCUUCUAGGGUGAUCUGGGCGCCCGUGAGAUUCUUCUACAAGGAGGAGCUCCCGAGCUUCUUGCUGCGCGCGGACGAUGAUCCGGCUUUCUUCCGCCCCAGCAAGCUGGGAGAGAUCGGCCUCAGCAACGCCGACUUGAUCUCCAAGAUUCUCUACGUUGUGAGGCGGCCAUACUGGUCCCCAGAAGUGGAGAGGGAGCUCCAGCUCCUGGACAUCAGGCCCUCGGAGUUUCACAUCAACGAGGUCCUCAAGAACAUCCAGGAGCCCGACGUCGCCAAUGGAUUCUUCCAAUGGAUUCGCAGGCAAAAGUGGUACGUCCCAAGCACGUAUUCGUUCUCCAUCCUUCUCAACACCUAUGGACGAGGAAAGGAUUUCCAGGCCGUCCAGAGGGUGCUGUCCGACCUCAAGGCGGAUAAGUGUCCCAUGACCACGGUGGCUUACAACACUCUCAUCAAAGUCUAUGGGAAAGCUCACAAGCUGGACGAGGCCUGGGGAUACUACAAGGAGAUGCAAGACUCGAGGUGUGUCCCAGAUAUCUUCACUUUCAACACACUCAUGAGCCUCUACUCGUACGCGGGGCAGUCCGAGAAGGUGCUCGAGGUCUACGAUGAGAUGCAAAAGAUUGGCUGCUCGCUGGACAGGGUCGGGUACGAGGUGGUGGUGCCUCACGCCGGGAAAGUUGGAAGGCUCGACCUGGCUUGCAUGCUCUUCGAGAGGAUGAAGGCCGAGGGGCAUCAGCCGAAUGCUGUGGCUUACUCGGCUCUCAUUGCGGGACAGCUGAAGUCGGGAAGGCUGGAGAUCGGGACCAAGUACUUUGAGGAGAUGCGGAGCUUGGAGAUUCGACCACUUCUGGGAACUUUUGCUUCGCUCAUCGAGGCUUACUGCAAGUCGGGCAGGCUGGAGACGGGGCUCAAGUUUUUCAAGGACAUGGAGGCUUUCAACUACAAGCCCAAUCUGUGUAUCUACGCUGCUCUGGUGGAUGCUCAUGCAAAGGCGGGGAUGCUGGACGCGGCUCUAGAGUUUUACGAGAGGAUGCGGGGCGUGGGACUGUGGCUUCCGCCGCUCAUCUUUGCGGUUCUGAUUGAGCAGCACGCUCAAGCGGGAAAGGCCGAGACUGCGGUGAGGCUCUACAGGGAGAUGCGUGGGGUUGGACUGAGGCCGUCGCAUUUUACUUGCCGGAUCGUGGUUGGAGCCGUAGCCAAGGGUGGAAAGUAUGACGACGUCGAGAGGAUCCUAUUUGAGAUGCAAGAGAUGGGACUUAACGUCGCGGACGCUGUCAACGAUAGCAUCGUCAAGCUGGUGGACGACAAGAGAAUCUCCGAUGCCUGGGAGCUCUUUCUCAAGGUCACGGGACAUGGAUUUACUCCUCACGUCAGCCUCUGCCGGGAGAUCCUCCACGGUUUUCUCAGCUGUGGCGACAUGGAGCAUGCGAGGCAGAUGCUCUCCUUUAUGCAAAGGCCGGGCUCGGCAGUGGACUUGAGGACGUACUGCAUGCUGCUCGAGUUUUUUCUGCGUGGUUCGAGGCUGGAGCACGAAGAAGUGGUCAUGAGCUUCAUGCGAGAGACGAAGCAUCCGGCGCACAGCUUUCUGUGCGGGCUCAUGGGAAGCAGCAAGCACCGCAAUGGCCAGAGUCUGGCCGACUACAUCAAGUCGUUCUACUCGGAGCUGGAAGCCGAGGUGGAUUUCAAGACGCGACGCUACCUCACCAACGUGCUGCUCAACUAUCUGGUGGUGAUGGGGCAGGAGAGGAAAGCUCGCAGCUUCUGGAAGGUGGUCUAUCAGAUUCACAUGUACCCGAACUCCAUCGUCCUCCAGGGAGACUUGACGUGGUGCCUCAAGGUGAGGAGCAUGUCCAUCGGAGCGGCGCUCAUCGGGGUGCUGUGCACGCUGGAGAAGUUCCGGGAGAGGAUACUCAAGCGCAGGUUCGUUCCUCAGAGGAUCAAGAUUCUAACAGGGAGCAAGGCGGACUCAGACGCCAUCGCCGUCAGGCAAGCUAUCGAGGCGAUGAUGAAGCCGCUGGACUCGCCGUUUAUCUUCCAGGACGAGGACCUCGGGUCAUUUUGGUGCCGGGGCUCCUUCUUCGUCAAGUGGUUUAGGCAAUCUCAUGUGAGGGGAAUCUUGAGGCAGCAGCUCCCUCCGGAGGAGGAGGAGGCCGCGGAGGCGAGUACUACCACGGCUGGGAAGCUCCUGCUGGUCGGGAGCGAUGAUAUGCCACUGCCAGCGUCUCCGGACCUGCCGUUCCCGGUAGGCGACGAGGAUGUUCUUCCGCCGGGGUUCCAGCACGGAUCAGCAGCAACAGCAGCGGCGUUUUGAGUUGGAACAGUUCCAGCACUAAGCAGCAGAUCAGACAACGCUGCUCAACAGGGAGGAGAAACGAGGAGAUUAUGUGGCAGCUGGAAAACUAGCUGCUGGUGCUGCUUAUUGAUUUCAUCCUACAAAGGCUACAACUUGGAGUAUUGGCGUCUUCCGAGGCAGUAGCAGCAGAUACCCACGACGAUGACGAGAAGAGCCAGGAUCGGCAGCGGUAUGAUCAAGUAGUUGAAGUGCAUCGUGACUGCUGCGGAGAGAAAUUCGCGAAGAAAACUCUGUUGAUGGCUCAGCCGCUCGGUCAGGAACUUGUAAAGCGCCACACUGCCAGAUUCUUUCUUGCUGUCCUCGCCACAGUGGUCCCACGAAAGAAACGAGAAGACGCGAUAAUGCGCAUCGCUACAAACUUUUUUUUUUUUUUUUAUGACUUUCAUCUUUACCUUCUCCAAGAGCAAGUUCUGUGUCUUCAAAGCAA